CUUCUGAAGUCGUUUCUCGGAAACACGACACAACACAACUCAUCACUACGCGUCUCGGACCGAAAAUACCAAAAACAAAAACAGAAAUAAAAAAAAAGAGCUUCUUUUUUACAGCACUUUUUAUUUUUGUAAUUUUGUUUUUGUUUUAAACAGUUGAAUCUCAAUCAUCGGAACCGAAUCCAAUUCCUAUCUUUGAAGCUGGAUUUCUUACUGAACAAACAGUUUGUUUUUUAAAUAUGUUUUUUCUAUUCGAAUCUCGAUAAAGUUCCAGCUUGUUGGCGUGAAACUGAAUUCAACUCUCUGUUCUCUUCAGCUGCUCCAACACGACUGUCAAAUUCUAUUAUCAUUUUAAUUAUUUUUUUUUUAGGAUUUUCGGAAAUAAAUGGCCAAGCGUGGAUAUAAGCUGCAGGAAUUUGUGGCACAUUCAGCGAACGUGAAUUGUCUAAGUAUCGGGAAGAAAGCAUGUCGGCUUCUUAUAACUGGUGGGGAUGAUCACAAUGUCAAUCUUUGGGCGAUUGGGAAACCCACCUCUUUAAUGAGCCUGUGUGGUCAUACAAGUCCAGUUGAAUCUUUAGCUUUUGAUUCAGCCGAAGUGUUGGUGCUUGCUGGAGCUUCUGCUGGUGUGAUAAAGCUGUGGGAUUUGGAAGAAGCAAAGAUGGUGCGCACUCUUGCUGGACAUAGAUCCAAUUGCUCUUCUGUUCAAUUUCAUCCAUUUGGGGAAUUCUUUGCUUCUGGGUCCAUGGACACAAAUUUAAGGAUUUGGGAUAUCAGGAAGAAAGGAUGUAUUCACACAUACAAGGGUCAUACUCGAGGCAUUAGUACUAUCAGAUUCACUCCUGAUGGUCGCUGGGUAGUGUCUGGUGGAUUUGAUAAUGUAGUAAAGGUGUGGGAUCUUACUGCUGGAAAACUCUUGCAUGACUUUAAGUUUCAUGAAGGGCAAAUUAGAUCUAUAGACUUCCAUCCUCUUGAGUUUCUCCUGGCAACAGGUUCAGCAGACAGAACUGUGAAAUUCUGGGAUUUGGAAACCUUUGAACUGAUUGGAUCUUCCAGACCUGAGACUACUGGAGUUCGCUCAAUUACCUUUCAUCCUGAUGGGAGGACCCUGUUUUGUGGUUUGGAUGAUAGUUUGAAGGUCUAUUCAUGGGAGCCAGUUUUAUGUCACGAUGCUGUUGAUAUGGGAUGGUCAACACUUGGUGAUCUCUGCAUUAAUGAUGGAAAGCUUUUGGGAUGUUCCUUCUAUCAAAAUUCUGUUGGAGUUUGGGUAGCAGAUGUUUCGCAUAUUGAGCCAUAUGGACCUGGUGUACCUGAGCAAAAUGACUGCACAGAGAAGAAAAUUAAUUCCCCAGGAACUCAUUCUUCGGAGAAAGUAGGGAGUGGCAUUAGAUCCACUUCCAGUUUGCGCUGCAGGUCUCCUGAUUAUGACACAAAGGGGAUAAAGACCAUAUAUGUGGACUCUACUGGUGGAAAACCUGUAACUUCUCAGAAAGUGGGGUCUUUGGACUCUCCAAAAAUUGUACUCCCUGUGGAUACCAAGGAAAUCACUGAUCUCAAAACAGAGAAGCAGAAUCCUGCAAUAGAUUCGCUGGCAAAAUCUAAUGCGCAAGCACUUAUUAAAUCUUUUGUUGUUCCUAGUAUUGUACCUCGUGAGGGUCCUGCUGGGAAAGACUCUUCCAAUUCUGGCAGAGAAUCUAUUACCUUUUGUAAGACAAAACCUGGUAUGCUGCUCCGGCCAGCUCAUGUACGAAGGCCAUCAGUUAGCAAGAUUGAAGCUGAAAAGGCGUCUACACCUGUUGAAUCUGGAAGUUUCAGAAGCAUGAAGGGUGAUAUGGACAGUGCAAAGGAUCCAAACUUCCAAACUCAGCUUGUAUUAUCAGAUGGAGGUAGAAAAUCCUUUGAAAAUGACUCUGAUAUCAAGAACUGUACAGAGAAGAUUCAAAAAGCUGUCUCUCUGCAAGGACCUUUGAAUCAAGAAAACCGUGAUGAGUCCCUUAAUCACAGCAAAGAAACUCACGCUGUUAAAUAUGUCAAUGGAGUUGCAGUUGUACGGGGAAGGACACGCUCUCUGGUAGAGAGGUUUGAAAAAAGAAAGGGAUUUAAUACUAAUGACAAUCAAGCAAUUAAUAGCAAUCCUCAGAGGACAGUUAGUAGCAAUGAAGACCAAUCAACAAUUAUCACACCUAGCACGAGACUCAGUAGCAAUGAAGAUCAAGCAACUAAGGUUACCCCUCAAAUGAGAAUUGAUAGCAAUGCAGAUCAAACAACUAACACUAUCACUCAUGUGAAAUUUCAAAACAAUGAAGGUCAAGCAAAUAAUACUACCUCUCCUGUGAGAUUUAAGAACAGUGAAGAUCAAGCCACUAGUACUACCCCUCCAGUGAGAUUUACGAACAGUGAAGAUCGAACGACUAAUGCUGCCCCUCCAGCGAGAUUGAAGAGCAGUGAAGAUCGAACAACUAAUACUACCCCUCCUGGGAGAUUUAUGGACAGUGAAGAUCGAGUGACUAAUGCUACCCCUCCUGGGAGAUUUAUGAACAGUGAAGAUCGAACGACUAAUACUACUCCUCCUGGGAGAUUUAAGAACAGUGAAGAUCAAGUGGCUCGUACUACCCCACCUGGGAGAUUUAAGAACAGUGAAGUUCAAGUGGCUGGUACUACCCCCCCUGCGAGAUUCAAGAAAAGUGAAAAUCAAGCAACUAAUACUACCCCUCCUGUGAGAUUUAAGAAAAGUGAAGAUCAACCAACUAAGGCUAUCCCUCGUAUGAGAUUUAAGAACAAUGUAGAUCAACCAACUAAUACAACUCCUUACAUGAGAUUUAAGAACAAUGACGAGAAGGCAACUAAUGCUGCUCCUCAUGUGAGAUACAAGAACAAUGGAGAGCAAGCAACUAUUCUAAGCUCUCACAGGAUGGUUGAAGCUGACGAAAGACCCACCAUUCUGAGUCGAGAACCGCAAAUUCCAGGAAGGGAUACAACCUCUGCAAAUGAUGGGGAAGUUAUUGAAAAUUUGAUGCAAACUCAUGAUGUAUUCAUAAGUACUCUUCGGUCUCGCUUGACCAAAUUACAGGUGGUUCGACAUUUUUGGGAAAGAAAUGACGUUAAAGGUGCUAUUGGUGCCAUGAUGAAGCUGCCAGAUCAUUCUGUGCAAGCUGAUACUAUCAGUAUCCUGAUGGAGAAAAUGGAGACUCUCAACUUAGAUUUAUUUUUGUGCUUGCUUCCUGUGCUUGUGGGUUUACUGGACAGCAAGAUGGAAAGGCAUGCAAGCAUCUCAUUGGAGAUGCUUCUGAAGCUUGUAGCAGUAUUUGGUCCAAUGAUACACUCAACCGUUUCAGCACCUCCCGCUGUAGGUGUUGAUCUUCACUUAGAGCAAAGGCGAGAAUGCUGCAAGCAAUGUUUUGUACAUCUUCAGAAGGUCCAGAAAAUUCUUCCAGAUCUUGUAAGGAGGGGUGGUUUGCUGGCAAAAUGUGCUUCAGAAUUGAAUUUAAUUCUUCAAGAAUCAUAGGCAAUCCUGCAAGCCAGUACUAGUUUCUGCUAAAGCUCUUAAGAGUGGCUUGGCCGAAUACUCUAACCGGCUACUAUUUAAUACAGUAUUUCCGCAUCUCAUUGUGUGUAUUCACAAUUUUGUCUUGCGCUUCAUACAUUUUGCUGUCAUCCUUGGAUUUCGUCUCGGAUGAGAUUCUCAUGAGUAAAGGUAAGAGCAGAGCCAUACAUUUAACUGUCAUCACCUGCAUUUCCAGAAGGUGGAAAGACUAAAUUUUGGCCUUCUGGAACUGUGGAGGAUAUUUCUAGUCAUGAUUCUUUGAUUACAGAUGAUGUGUAAUUUUCCAUUUAAAUGAAUGUAAGUAUGCUCCAGUAUAUAUAAUAUUGUAUGUAUCUUGUAUUUGUAAUGAUCAAUGAAAUAUGUGUACUUUUGGAGCUUC